AUGAAGAAAGGAAAGCCCCCCUCCUCCAGGAGAGCUGAAAUCCACCAUCUGUACCAAUGCUGUGCCUUAGGCCAGACGACUCUGCCUGCCUGCGCCCUCCUCAGGUUCCUCCACAAGGAGCAGAUGGAGCUCACAGCCAAUGAAGAGACGGCAGAGAGUUUGAUUGAUAGAUAUGAGAUUGAGGAGACAGCCAGAGAAAAUAGGUCCAUGACAUUUGAAGGAUUCCUGCGCUACAUGGAGUCCAAAGACUGCUGCGUAUUUGACCAGGCCCACAUGUCUGUUUACCAAAACAUGGACCAGCCUCUCACCAAUUACUUCAUCUCCUCAUCACACAACACCUACCUGACUGGAGACCAGCUGGUGGGAAAGAGUAACCUGGAUGCCUAUGUUUGUGCUUUGAGGAAAGGCUGUCGCUGUCUGGAGAUUGACUGCUGGGAUGGGCCAGAUAUGGAGCCUGUAGUCUACCAUGGCUACACCCUGACCACCAAGAUACUCUUUAAGGACGUCAUCACCACUGUGGAGCAACACGCCUUCGAGGUGUCUGCUUACCCGGUGAUCCUGUCAUUGGAAAAUCAUUGCUCCCAGGAGCAGCAGGAGGUCAUGGCCCAGUACCUCAUCUCUAUCCUGGGGGAAAAACUUCUGAGAACUCCCUUGGAUCACCCAACCACUGGAGACCUUCCAAGCCCUAAUGACCUGAAGUAUAAGAUCCUCAUCAAGAAUAAAAAGCUGAGGCCUCACGUUAAGACAGAGGGCGCAGCAGGGACUGAGGCGGAGGACAGUGUAGAUGAGGGUGAAGAUGAGGAGGAGGAUGAUGAGGAGGACGAAGAACAACAAACCAAAGCAAGGUUCUGGUCUCCCAGAAAGGCAGGGCCAAAGAUGAAACAGAAGAAGAAGGUGGUGGUGGCAGAGGCGUUAUCUGACCUGGUUAUAUACACCAGGUCUGUCAAGUUCAUCAGCUUCAGUCAUUCCAGAGACAAUCAGAACCACUAUGAGAACACAUCAAUGGCAGAGAAGAAGGCUCGCAAGCUGGCUAAAGCCUCAGGUGCUGACUUUGUUCAGCACAACCAGAAGUUCCUCAGCAGGAUUUACCCAGCAGGCUCCAGGACGUCUUCUUCCAACUACAACCCUCAGGAGUUUUGGAACAUCGGCUCGCAGCUCGUGGCUCUCAAUUUCCAGUCUCUGGGCUUGGCUAUGGACCUUAAUGAUGGCCGUUUCCAGGACAACGGGGGCUGUGGAUACGUCCUGAAGGCGGCGGUGCUCACGUCCAGUCAGAGGAGCUUUGAUCCCGGCUGCAGCCAGCACGGCCUCAAACCCACCCACCUGCUGCUCAAGGUGAUCAGCGGGUCAAACCUACCCACCCCCAGGAGUGGCAAAGCCCUGGACCCCUUUGUCAGAGUGGAUAUUCAUGGGAUUGCCUCUGACUCACGCAGAAAAAACACACACACUGUCAAAAACAACUCUCUGAGUCCUCGAUGGGAUGCUGACAUGAACUUCACUAUUAGCGUCCCUGAGCUCUGCCUCAUCCGCUUCUGCAUCCGAGAUCAGACGGGCCUCCUCAGCAGUGAUUUUGUGGGCCAGUACACGCUGCCCUUCACCAGCCUGAAGAAAGGCUACCGCUGGGUGCCUCUCCGGUCCCGAGACGGAUGCAGCCUGGAUCCAGCCUCCCUCUUCGUCUUUGUUUGGUAUUCCUAA